ACCUUGUACAGUGAAAUGAAACUGGUGGAGCACCGCAAAUAAUUACGGUCAUCAGUUGAACAGGCAAACGGGGAUAAUGGAGGAAGGAACUAGCAGCUUGACUCAUCUCCGUCCAGCUAUCACCAACCCAUACCCCUAACCCUAGAGUUAGCAAAUUCAGACCCAUAUAUUGGGUUUCCCUUGCUUUCUCAAUCUUUUCCCGCUAGCUCUUAUCUUCAAACUCUAUUCCUUUCUGCCACAAUUCACUCCUCCCACAUUGGAUCAGGAGUUUUUCCGACCACCUACUUCCAUCCAUCCGGAAGAGUGAACUCAUGUUUGUUGGCUUCACUCUGAUUUGAAUCUAAGACUCAAGGUCUUUUACCUUUUGAUCGCCUGCGGAAAGUUAGGGUUUUUUGAGCGGAGGAAAUCUUCUUCUCUUUGUAGGUUGGUUUAGGGUUAUCCGGUUUUUGUUGUUAUCACGGAUUCUUGAAGUGUUUGGUGAGGCGCCAGAGUUCAAUCUGUGCUGCCAAUGCCAUUUGUGUGGUUUCUAGAGAAUUUUUCGGUGGUUUUUGAGAUACCGAAAACGUUUCAGCUCCAUAAUGUCUUGGGCAGGCCCGGAGGAUAUCUACCUUUCUACUUCACUUGCUAGUUAUCUUGACAAGAAACUUCUUGUGUUGCUGCGAGAUGGCCGUAAACUGUUGGGAACACUUCGCUCGUUUGAUCAAUUUGCUAAUGCUGUUCUAGAGGGUGCUUGUGAGAGGGUUAUAGUUGGUGAUCUUUAUUGUGAUAUCCCUCUAGGUCUCUAUGUUAUCCGUGGGGAGAAUGUUGUUUUGAUUGGUGAGCUGGACAUGGAGAAGGAGGAGCUUCCACAGCACAUGACACGUGUUUCAGUGCCUGAAAUUAGAGGGGCUCAGAAGGCGGAAAGGGAGGCUAGUGAUUUGAAAGGGACCAUGAGGAAAAGAAUGGAGUUUCUUGACUUGGACUAGCGAACACCCUACCACCUCAAUAUCUCUUGCCCGCAAAUAUUUCAGCGGCUACUUUUCUCAUUUUCUUCUUUUUGGGGUGGUUGGGGCUGUGUUAGAAGCUGUGGGUCAUCAUUCUGGGAAUUAGGAGGCUGAACAUUGUUGAAUCUUCUUACGUGUAAUACUGUUCUGAAUGAAUACGAGCAUUCCCCUUUUUUUUUUUUUUUCCUUAGAAGUUUACCUGGAGAAAUUGUUAAUUUUAGUGAUUUCAAUUGAUGAUAAACGAUAUGGUAUGGUGGGAAAUAGCACAAGACUUUUAACAGUGAUCAGUUGGAUUCAUUUUACAAUAAAUUUAUAUGCCCUUUUCUGUGUA